AUGGCCGACGACCCCCGAGGGCCCUCGAGGGGCAUUGAUUACACCGAGGCCGAUGUCGCCACCCUGGUUAGACAACUGUGCAAGUCGCUCCACAGGCAACAUCUGGAUCACCGCAAAGUAGUGGUGGACUUUGACUUGUUGGCCGUAUUUUUAAUGCAAGAGAUCGCCCCAAAGACGCACAUCAGAAAAAUCGUCCAAUUGCUGCUGGCGCAAUUUCAAUCGGCGAAAUUCCCAGCCAAAGGGUUGUCCACUGGCGCUCCUCCAAGCACCGCUCUCCAAAGCCAGUUACUCCAAGCUGCCGAAUCAGUUCACGAGACCAUCCGACUAUACAAUGGUAAUCCUGGUGCAACCAAGCCUUUUUGCCUUCGAUAUCCAACCUAUUUCCACGUCCUCAAAUACUCCAAGGUUAAGCAGAGCGAGUGCAAGCUGCUACCUGGUGACAAAAUGGUUGUCUUGAUUGAUGAGGCUGGCAUUUGUGUUGGUGUUGGAGUUCCACCAAUUCCGGCCACUAGUGAUCUACAUUUGCAUCCAGAUGUUCGCGCCGAGAUUAAUCUCAAUGAAAUCGUAUCAACCUUGAAUUGGAAUACAGCCGAAAAAGAAGUCCUCUACUCUUCUGAACCCAUUGCUGGGCCUCUGCAAAGUCCCUUUCCAAUCGGCCCAAAAAUUAAGGGUGAAAUUCGUGGCCCUGCGGGGGCUGACAACUCUUCAAUGUCUUUUCAGGCCUAUGGAUAUGGCCUUGGUGAUCCCAAAUCAAAGGGGAUGCAUGACCUCAAAGUACGAAUUAAGCAAGAAAAAAUCGAUUUGAAUGAGCUGCAGGGGUACGACAACUUGUGGAAGACUGAAGAAUUCUCCCCCGUACUUCCCAACCCUCUUCGAGAAAGUCAAAACGCCGCAGACACAAAGGCAAUGGCCAAAUUUUGGAACGAAAUCACCUUCUACAGCAAGCUGUCAUUGUGGAUCAAUAAGGCAUUCUUCCCACAAUCAACUACGAUUGCCGAGGCGGCCAUUGGGUUUCUUGAGAAACACGGAUCUGACUACCUCCGCGAAAAUUUGAAAAAUGAGAAAAACAAAAUCAUUGCAUGUAAGUGA